GCCACUCGCUCGCCAUGGACACUCCUAGGGUCCUUCUCUGGGCGAUCUUCCUCAUCAGCUUCCUCUGGGAUUUGCCGGGUUUCCAGCAGGCUUCCAUCUCCUCGUCCUCCUCCUCCACCGAAUUGGACUCCACCAAAGACGUGGGGAACCGCAAAGAAGGGAAGAUGCAGCGGACUCCACAAGAGAGUGCCGAGAGCCGGACGCCCCCGGAACACGGGCUGCCACAGAAGGAGCUCCGGCGGCGGCCGCCCAGACAACCUCAGGGGCAGGAGCCGCCGGGCAGGGGGCUGCGCGUGGUGCCUCACGAGUACAUGCUGUCAAUCUACAAGACUUACUCCAUUGCCGAGAAGCUGGGCAUCAAUGCCAGCUUUUUCCAGUCUUCCAAGUCAGCUAAUACGAUCACUAGCUUUGUAGACAGAGGACUGGACGAUCUCUCGCACACUCCUCUCCGGAGACAGAAGUAUUUGUUUGAUGUGUCCACACUCUCAGACAAAGAAGAGCUGGUGGGCGCAGAGCUAAGGCUUUAUCGCCAGGCGCCCCCAACGCCCUGGGGGCUACCGGCCCGACCGCUGCACUUGCAGCUCUUCCCUUGUUUAUCCCCAUUGCUACUGGACGCCAGGACCCUGGAUCCUCAGGAACCAACCCAGGCGGGCUGGGAAGUCUUCGACGUGUGGCAGGGCCUGCGCCCUCAGCCGUGGAAGCAGCUGUGCCUGGAGUUGCGGGCAGCCUGGGGUGAGCUGGACGCCGGGGAUACGGGGGCGCGCGCGAGGGGUUCCCAGCAGCCACCGCCUCUGGACCUGCGGAGUCUGGGCUUCGGUCGGAGGGUGCGGCCGCCCCAGGAGCGCGCCCUUCUUGUAGUGUUCACCAGAUCGCAGCGCAAGAACCUGUUCACUGAGAUGCAUGAGCAGCUGGGCUCUGCAGAGGCUGCGGGAGCCGAGGGGUCAUGGCCAGCGCCGUCGGGCUCCCCAGACGCCGGAUCUUGGCUGCCCUCGCCCGGCCGCCGGCGGCGACGCACCGCCUUCGCCAGCCGUCACGGCAAGCGACAUGGCAAAAAGUCCAGGCUGCGCUGCAGCAGAAAGCCUCUGCACGUGAAUUUUAAGGAGUUAGGCUGGGACGACUGGAUUAUCGCGCCCCUAGAGUACGAGGCCUAUCACUGCGAGGGCGUGUGCGACUUUCCGCUGCGCUCGCACCUCGAGCCCACUAACCACGCCAUCAUCCAGACACUGAUGAACUCCAUGGACCCGGGCUCCACCCCGCCUAGCUGCUGCGUUCCCACCAAAUUGACUCCCAUUAGCAUCCUGUACAUCGACGCGGGCAAUAAUGUAGUCUACAAGCAGUACGAGGACAUGGUGGUGGAGUCCUGCGGCUGUAGGUAGCGGUGCUGUCCCGCCGCCUGGGCCAGGGACCAUGGCGGGAGGCCUGACUGCUGAGAGAGGAGCAGGAGCUGGCUUGGAAGAGGCCACAGGUGGGGGACAGCCUGAAAGUAGGAGCACAGUAAGAAGCAGCCCAGUCUUCCCAGAACCUUCCAACCCCCAACCCAGAAGCAGCUAAGAGUUUCACACUUUGCCUUGCCAGCCUGGAAAGACUAGACAAGAAGGAUUCUUUCUUUUAUUAUGGCUUUGUUUCCUUGUUUGUUUUGUUUUGUUUUGUUUCGUCUCCUUGGUUUUGAUAGGACAUGGAAGGAGGGGAGAUGCUUAUCUGUUCACAAGUGUUCUGUGGAUUGGGGGAGGAGGGAAUAAGAUAAAUAACCUAUUACUUUUGCCCGCAUCUCAGAUUGGUUGUUUCUACCUGUGUAAGAAAGUGAGACCUUUGAGUCUUUCCAGCCAAGUCCCAGCUGGCG